AUGAGGCGAGUCCUGCACGAGGCGACCGAGGAGGAGGUCAAGGACGAGAUGACCGCCUACACAGGCUGCCCAUUGUGCAACCUGAACAACAUCGUGUUCUUUAUAGGCAUCGCCAGCGCGCUCAUCCACGUGCUGGAGUUCUUCGCCUUCUGGUACCUCCUCGCCGCAUUCUUCAUCAUCACAACUGAUCUGCCAAAAUCUGACGAUCAUUUCUGGGGAGUCCUCUACCCAGCGCUGCUCAUCUUUCACACCAUCAUCCAGGUGGCCUUCUCGGUGUUACUCAUCGUGGGAGUGCUCAAGAAACGCAAAGCGUACAUCCUGCCCUGGAUCAUCACCAGCAUCAUUGAGUGCGCGGUAUUGUUCAAAUCAAGUAUAUUCCUCGGGUUGCAAUCGGUGCCCGCGAGCGCAUGGAUCAUUGCAACGACCGUGGCCUUCUUCAGCGUUCAGCUCUUCUACAUCGCCUGCGUGAUCCUUUACUUCAGAAGGCUCAAGAAGAUGGAGAGGGAAAUCCAACCUCCAGAAGUGUACAAGUGUUGACCUGCGAGCUUUUUGCCAAGCCUUUCGUGCUUCUGAUGCGAACACGUGCGGCGUCCUGGUACAGGACUGACGUGCGACAAAGACCAACAGUGCUGGACACGCAGUGCCACAUUGGAUGAACUCCCACGUGUCGACUUGGUGCCUCGAGAAGAAAGAAAUUCAGGCGCUUCGCCAACCUCGGUUCGUGUGCGGUUUCCGUGCAGUCUUCAAGCUCCAACUUUCAGUCGGCAUGCAAGAUUAAUCGGUACUCCCAGUUAUAGAAGUUCUAUUCGAGGUUACUUCAGAUGAGUGAUUGAUAAGCUCUAGCGUAAGACGAAGGAAGCUAAAUAAAUGUAGCCGCGGAUGCAAGGUAUGUGGAGAACGGCGUACGAAGUGGAGAAACUAAAGUUUUCUAAUUCAACAUGGUAGAGAUGAAGGGGAUUUCAAGAUAAUUGCUCGUGCUAUAACUCUAUCCAUAGCGGACGCAGCAAACCACGUCGUGGUAACAAGAAGGGAAUAAGGUAAGUCUAGAUCCCUGAUGCCUG